UAAAAGAGAUCAGUUCACUGCUACAAAAAGUCAAAAGGUUGUUUCUAAAUCACAACCGACAAAUAAAUACAUUAAAUUCAUAGUUGUUAUGUGGAAAGUGUUGUAAUUACGUGUAAAUCGACCUAACUUAUCCGCGUUAGAGACAUUGGCUUGCCAAGUAUAAUACAUUUUCGUCUGCAAAACGUUUUGUUUAAAAAUCGUUCAUGGCUUGACAAUGAACGCCGGUUCAUCUUAAAGAGCGCAAUUUGUUGAACAAUGAGGAGUGUUACAAUAGAAUAUCGUUUUACGUACGCGUGUGCUAUUGAUGUGCAUUUAAAUUGAAUUUAAAAUCCAGCACAGAGAUGUACAUGAUAGCGAUAAUUGUUACAAACAUCUACAUGUUGUCCACGGUCGCAACGAUGACAUUUAUAUUGUUAUCUAUUGUUUUAAUUGAUCUUUUGAUCGUUAAUCCUCAAUUAAACAGUCUUGAUUUAAACGAGCAGACCAUUGGUGGGCUAAAUACCAUACACUACUGAUUUUAACGUUUGAUUCCGUUUAUGACAAACAGCGCUUAAUGGAUUCCAAUUUGUUAAACUGAAUUUAAUUUGAUUUUCCCCAUACAUCUGAUAGACGAUCAUUUAACUGCAUUUAUCGACUAUUAUGCAGAGAUAUACAAGCUCUUAGUGUUGAGCAUUCUUAGCGAUAUGAAAUAAAUUGAAAAAUUGAUAGCGUUUCAUUUUGAACUCUUUGAAGUGGGCAAUUGGUAAAGAAACGGGACUUAUAUACGCAAAGAAACACAUGCAGGAUUUUUACAAUCAACGCUCAUUGAAAUAUAAGAUAUAUUGAAAGAUGAUAGUGUGUUGUGGAAAUGGAUUUCGUGCUUUCCAAAGGUUCCAUUUAUAGCAAAUUGCCAUUAACACGCACUUUAACUAUUGGAUACAAUAAUUUGAAGAAGCGACUUAUUGUUUAAACAAUUCUAAAAGUUAACGUUUAACAUAUUGAAAGAUAAGUGUUAUAGCGGUUGAAUUUUACAUAAAAGAAUACAUUUUAAUCGAUUAAAACAAUGGCGGAACAAGAAAACAAGGUUGGAUUUGUUAAAACUAUACGGAUGCAAGGGAACUAUUUCCCGGAUGAUUCGGAGAUCACAACCACUCAACCAAGCAUUCCUAAACUGCCUGUCAGACCGAUGUCGCAUACAGUUCUUCCGGUCUCACCGCCGCCGAUCCCCAAGCGUCUCGUAAAGACAGCGCUCCAUCAGGCGGUCUUGGACGGGCGUCUGCACCAGGCGCGCCUCCUCGUGGAGAAACAUGGCGUCAGCGUCAACGUGAAAGACGUCUACGGCAGGACGCCACUCAUGCUGACGUCAAUGAUCGACGACGAGCCGGGCUCAAAGAUGGCGAAGAUUUUCGUUUCCGCCGGUGCUAAUCUGAGCAUUCGGGAUAAUAUGGGUCGAACGGCCCUGGCCAUGGCGUGCGUGUCGGGUAAAGAGAAAAUCGUCGAUGAAAUCCUUAGGACAGAUAUUCUGUACAUUAACGAUGGUGACAACGACGGUAACACUCCGCUGCACCACGCCGCAGCCAGCGGCAAUCCGAAUAUCGUGAAAUUACUCAGCGAGCUGUUCGUUAAAUUUGGACUGGACAUUGACACACGGAACAAGCUGGGCUACACCGCACUAUUGGUAGCCUGCAGGAACGGACACUUCGUCUCUGCACACCAUCUCCUGAUCCACGGUCAGGCUUCACCAGCCCUGAGGGACGAGGAAACCUAUUUGAACGCUAACGAGUGGACACAGAAGAGCUCCCACCACGUGCCGGUUCCGGCCAGGCGCAUGGUGGCUCCCCCGAGCGCGCCGGCAUUUUCGCGGGAAAUGACUAUGUACCAAAGAUCGCUUACCCCAGUGUGUCGACACACGGUGCCCUUUAAUUUGCUCAACUCCUGGGCGAACCGAAGUGAUAGCUUCGAUGUUGUCCGAGGGGAGACGGUCUACGAAGGCAAAGACGCCAGACAGAUGGUCCUGAACGACAUCAGUAACGCGGAGACGCACGGUUGGGCUCGAAAGCACAAGCCCGAGAAAAUCGUGCACCCACCGACCGCCAAGUUGUUGGCGCUCUCUCGACGACGGACGAAAUCGGCGCUUCCGCCGGAUAUGAAUACAAUUUUCCGGAUGUAUUCGGAUCAGUACCAGCCCGACUGGCGGAAGGACAAGAUCACGCUGCACUCCCCGACCACUGACAAAAUGCCGACCAUUAUACGCUCGCGUCCGUCGGUGACUGUUGGUAGCUAGAGACGUCUGACGUAACGCGAACUUGUGUGGCACGUGUGCGACUGUUCUGAACAUUUGUGCUCAACACUACCUUCAAAUAUGUAUUCGAGGUGGAAUCUUCAAAUGGUUUUGGUACCAUCUGGUUAUGAUUCUUUUGACUUCUUAAGUAAUUUAAUGCAGUAUCGGUUAUUAUACAUGUAUAUCGAAAGUAUUUACUUUUUGUCAAUUAUUAUGAACAAAAUUGUCCGAUUACAUGCGACUUCUGAUACCCGAACGUGCUUGUAACCUUUCACUAUGUGUGCAUACCUUCCUUAAUGUUUAUUAUUUAUUAUCUAAUAAUCACAUGAAAGAUGUACGUUCGUACUAUUUUAGAAAAACAAACAAACAAUUAGUUCCAAUCUAGGUAAAAGAAUAUGUAUUACAAUUCUGGGGUUUCUUUUAACGAAGGUCUACUAGCAUUUGGUUAAAUCAAAUUGCUACUAAAAAGUUACUUGAAGAGAAUAUAUAAUAGUUUCUCUCACAUUGUCUACGGUUAUGGAAUAUAAAGCAACGCAUAUAUAUACACAUAUAAACAUGUAUUUAAUUUGCUUACACCAGCAUUAAAGAGAAUCUAUAACAUUAA